UAUAACGCACUAUGCUCCCCCCAGAUGGUCAAUGCCCGAGUUCGGCUCGUGUCGAGUCGCCAGACGCUCCCCCCUCUAAUAGCGUGGCGCUCCCCACUGCAAAUGUCAUAAGAAACACAUAAUACCCUUAAUGAAAAUGGGUCGAAUGUAUUAAAUGAGGUGUAAUAAAUAAACGGGCCCGCGAUAAAAGAGGGAGAAAACACCCAUAGCAAUUGGAGAGGAGAAAUGAUGAGAACGAGGGCGUUGUGGUUCACGCUAGGCUUCACCUCCGCCGCGACGGUGGUGGCUCAGUUCGUGCAUAAGGAUCUGCUCAUUGAUCGCCACUCUCUCUCUUCAGAGUUGAAAGCAAAAUUUGGAUCCUUAGAAGGAAGAGUCUCAAGUCUCGAAACCGCGCUUCAAGACAGCCCCCAACAUCCCCAAGAUGGAGCUAAUUAAGAGGUGAAGGACUGGAUCUCUUCAAGGACAUUAUCUGUUUUGGUAUUAAAAUCUCAAGCAAUAUUUCUUUCCAAUAAAGCUUGAUUCCUGCCUUUCACUAGUUGUCCAUUGUUCGUCGCGACUUCUCUGUCUCUUUGCAACUAGGAAUCAAAACAGCUUGAUUGUCUGUCUUUCUAAGCUUCACCUUAUGCCAAAAAGGUAUGUAUGGUUGUUGGUCUUGUUGGUGAUUUUAGUGUCAUCGGUUUAUUUUAUGUAAUUGGAUUUACUUAGAUCGGACAAGAAUUUUAAUAGACGUUGUCAAACGAGUUGUGUGAGAGUAUAUCAAAAGGCCAUAGAACCUAACUUUGAAACUUUUAUACAAAACUAAACAUAAAAUAAUGAAGUAAUACCUGAUUA